CCUAGUUGUACGGUCCGAAAGUGUUAGAAAUAUCAUUCGAGAACGGCGAAUGCUCGAACAUGUCAACCACCCCUUUAUCUGCAACUUGCGAUACAGCUUUCAGGAUAUCGAGUACAUGUACUUGGUUGUUGACCUCAUGAGCGGCGGUGAUUUACGUUUCCACAUCUCGAGAAAGACCUUUACCGAAGCGGCGGUAAGGUUUUGGAUUGCAGAGCUCGGCUGUGCCUUGCGCUACAUCCACGGGCAAAACAUCAUCCACAGAGACGUCAAGCCCGACAACGUGCUUCUCGAUGCUGAUGGCCAUGUACAUUUGACUGACUUUAAUGUUGCUUCGGACAUUGUGCCGGGAAGGACAUUAACGAGCAAGUCCGGUACCUUGGCAUACCUUGCCCCAGAAGUCUAUGCUGGCAAGGGCUACGAUGUCCGUGCUGAUUGGUGGUCGUUGGGUGUUUUGUUCUACGAGUGCAUCUAUAACAAGAGGCCAUUCGAGGGCAACUCCGAACAGUCACUCAGCCAGACUAUCCAAGCCGCCAACCCCAGAUUCCCGGUAACACAGCCUCCAGUCCAGUUGAGCUGUAUGUACGCCAUAAAGGACGCUUUGGAGUUCAACCCCGAUAAGCGUCUGGGUCACACCUGGGAGAGCUUCAUUUACCACGAGUUCUUCUCUGGUAUCGACUUUGACGCCCUAGAGAGGAAGCAAGUAGAGCCCGUAUUCGUCCCGUCAUCAGAGAAGACAAACUUUGAUGCCACAUACGAUUUGGAGGAACUUCUACUGGAAGAAGCACCACUAGAAGCUCGUGCAAGAAGGCAGAAGCCGCGCGAGAAGCUAAAGGAUGACGCCACAGAGAAGGAGAUCCGUGAAGAGGAACUCUACCGGAUGAUUGAGACCGACUUUAGUCCCUUCGAUUACACAUUAGCUGCCUACAAGAAAAUUACCGAAGGACAAGCCGAGACACCCGACGGCCAGCCUACCCCCGUGACAGACGAAAACGCCCGCCCGGCACAAGCCCUUACAACAGACGAAGCGACACAGAUGACCUCGCACGCGCAUUCGCACUCACAAGCGGUGCAAACCCACCACCCCAACGGCAGCCACUCCUCCUUCCAACACUCUAACGCCCCCAACGGGCAAGUGGCUCACAACCCAAACAUACCCGAGCGAAGCAACUCGAUGCCCAAAAGCUCUGAACGAAACGUUCCUGAGAGAAGCAACUCGAUGCCAAAGAACACCGAACGAAACGUCCCCGAACGAAGCAACUCGAUUCCCAAGAACCCCGAACGAAGCAAUUCGAUUCAAAGCGCCCACUCACAUUCCCAUGGCUACAACGCCUACGACUCGCAACGGGCCGCCGUCGGUCCCCGACCUACCAGUUCGCACCGCCCAGGCCGCAGCGGCGGCGUCCCGGCUAGCCGUCCUCCACCAUUACCUCCUUACCCGCAGUCAUACACCACCCCGGUUCGUCAGGGGCGGGGCAACGGAUCGUCGUCGUUGAUGGUGGGGAGUCCGACGGGGGGUGUGCAGGUAACACUGGAUGGCGGGGGUAGCUGGAGCGAUUUGGCCAGGCAAGAUGCCACACUGCCGACGGAUGCGGCGGCUGCACUCGGUGGGGGCGCUGGUGGGAAAGACAGUGGAGGUGGAGGCAUUUUUGGAUUGUUUAGAGGAAAGAAGGGGAGAGGGAGCAGUCCCAAACCGAAAGAGAGGGGAGUGCUGGGUAAGGAAGGGGCUAGGGUUGUUGUUGGUUAAAUAAAUGGGGGGGGGUAGAGAAGAGACGAAUGAAAAAUGAAGGAGGAGGAUAUCACGGCCAUAUAUAACGAAACUACACUACAAGGGAGGACCUCCAACAACAACAAGAAGAAGACUAGGAGGAUAUCUCAGGGGUAUCAUUGGGUGCAUACAUCAUCGUCUUUCC